AUGCACGACCAACAACAACACCAAAGAAAGACAACCAAUCAUUACGACACCAAGAACACCUUCACCAUGUCGUUCUCCAAUAGCAGUGGCGGAACACUCACUGUUCCUAGCCCCACGCACGUCCACCAUGUAGACGUGCUCGCAUCCUCAGUCCGGAGCCUGCGAAGGUCUCUUUCCCGAUCACCUUCAAAGUUCAGCCUGGCGCGUACGAGUUCCCCCAGCUCAGAGAGCUCACACAGCGGUUCUCAUACGCCUGUGCAAGAACAAUCGCCCUGCCGACGAUACACUCCUACCCCUACGCCUCCUAGCAGCAGCCACAACAACAUCAACUUUGGGGAUUUCCAAAGCCAUACACCAGCGGGGCUCCCUCCUUCCAUGACCUCGACGACGCCCUUUAGCUCUCCGCCAACUCUUGCCACACCCUUUCGUCCCAGUGUUCGGCUCUCUCUACGCUCGGCAAAAUCAGCAAAGGCAACCGGCAGCCCCUCGAGGCCAGCGACUCGAUUAAGGACAUCGCCUAAAUCCCCCCUCAAACGCGCGCUCAACGCUACAACAGACUCGGGGGUAAAUUCCAUUCCUUCCUCAUCUUCAAGCUCGGAGGCCUCGGGCCAGGAAAAUAACCAGUCUUCUGCACAACAGAGCCCGCGUUCCCGAUCGUCCCUCCAAAAAUCAUCACGCCAUAGCCUUCAUCUCGACGUAUCCGGCCACGCUCAACAGUCGAACAUUUUCAAGCAUCUGGAAAGUCAGGGCGAUUCGCAAGGAGCACCGGGAUCGGGCGCUCUCAAGCGCAGCGACGCGAUCAUGAAUUUGGAUCAGGCGUCGCUGGGUAGCCCAGUCGCGAAGCGAAGAAGUUUACACGGUAUUUCAAGCUUUGGUCAAAACACAUCUGAUUUCACCAUCUUCGACAACACCAGCAACACGCCGAGCAAGACCAACUUUGACAUUCACGACGAGGCGAACCGUGAGCGAGAGUACGAGCUCUUUGGCUCGCCAAGCGUUCCUGCCCCCAGAGAGCCAAUCCCAUCGCCUACCCCGCCUCAAAUUCCGAGAAGAACUGGCUCUCUACGACGUUCAACGCUGCAGCAGAGACAGCACGAUCGGAGUUCGUGGGGACGUAAGUCUGGCGCGAGCCACUUGGCUCAGAUGAGCGGAGAUUUCUCGACUCCCAACGUCAAGAACCGACCCCGCCUAUCGAUGGAUCAAUUCCUCCCUCCUCAGCUUCCCCGGGACAGCCCCUUCAAUUCGAACGGGCCUUUGCCCAAUCCCUCUGCCCAUCCCGUUGAGCGGUCUUCACAUCAGCCUCAUCCGCUGUCAAAGACGUUGGUGACCUCGACGUCCGGCAACAGUCUCGAGGAGCAGAACAACAGCAUGCCUCCUCCUUACGUCUUUGAAAAGCCACGAGCUCCUCUCAACUUCGCCAAGUCGAUGCCUUACGGUUCAUCUCGACCACUCUUCAUGCAGGAGGAGAAUGAGACUGUCACACCUUUCAAGGCGGCUAAGCCAUGGGCGGGAGCUUUCAUGUCUACAGGCCUCGUUUCGAAGGUUAACCGCAACCCCGAGGAAGACAAUAAGCUCACGAUGCCUGAUACGCCUUGCAAGAAGCCAACCAACGGUUUCGCCACCUUCCCGCCUCCUCCUGGAAGCGCCAUCAAGAAGAACAACCGUUACUCUUUUGGCGGCAUGCCUUCAACUCCGUUCGUGGCCCCCGGUGCCCCGUCACGCAGCACCUUCGGUGGCAAUCCCGGAAAGGGUCUGGGCAUCUUCCAAAGGCUUGGAUCGCGCCAUGCACGCCGAGGAAGUGUCUUGAGUCUGGAUGAUGAUAAGAAAUUCUCCCUCGACACCAACUUCAACACUGGCCUCGGGGCUGACAUCGACGCCCCUCCCACUCCUACGAAACAUGGACUCACACCGAGCAAGGGGCUCACUCCCAGCUUGAGCAACUUGAGUGAGCAGAGCAUCGAAAGCCCCAGCGCCAAGAGGUCACUUCCACCUCCCAUGUCAGCUGUGCGGCCGAUGAUCUCCAGAGAAUCUACUGCUAGCCCUGUGGAACAGCGCUCUCCGAGGACUCCCUCGUCUCACGUUGUUCUUCCCGAUGCCAGCUGCCUGUCAAUCUCGAAUCCAGCCGAGUCAACGCGGAGCACUACUACCCCGGUUACUCCAUCCGGGCGAGAGUCCUUCCAAAGCACUUCGACACACCUCAUGACCCCCGUCAAUGCCGGUCGUGGUGGCGGCGAUGUCGAAGACUCACUCUAUUCGCGCUUUGACAAGGUCGAGAUGAUUGGCAAGGGAGAGUUCUCUUCCGUCUACCGCGUGGUCAAGAACGGAUACUCCCGCGCCUCGUUUCUCUCUGUCUUUAGUGGAACUCCGACGAAGAACCCUCGCGAGAGUCCCGAGCCCGAUCGUAUUUACGCCGUGAAGAAGGCACGCCGCCAAUUCACUGGACCCAAGGAUCGUCUGGCCAAGCUGAGGGAAGUGCACGCACUUCAGGCCCUGACACACGCAGACCACGUUAUCCACUACGUCGACAGCUGGGAAUACAACCAAUACCUUUACAUCCAAACCGAAUACUGCGACGAAGGUACCUUGGACAAGUUCUUGAGCAAUGUUGGUCGCAAAGGCCGACUGGAUGACUUCCGUAUUUGGAAGGUUAUCCACGACAUUGGCUUGGGUCUUCAAAGCAUUCACGAAGCUGGUUUUAUUCAUCUCGACCUGAAGCCGGCGAACAUUCUCAUCACAUUUGAGGGUAUCCUUAAAAUUGGUGACUUUGGCCUGGCUACCGAGUGGCCUGCUGCCAAGGGCGUCGACGCCGAGGGAGACAGAGAGUACAUUGGUCCUGAAAUCCUUCGCGGCGAUUUCAACAAGCCUGCGGAUAUUUUCUCACUCGGUCUCAUUCUAAUUGAGAUGGCUGCCAACGUCGUUCUCCCCGACAACGGCCCUACUUGGAUUGCUCUUCGCUCUGGUGACUUGUCCGAAGUUCCUAGCUUGACCUUCAGCGCCACCACUACGACUAGUUCAUACCGAGAUGCCGCUGGUGUUCCUACUAUGCAAUCGCUGGACGACCCACUUCUCGGUCAGACCAGUGCUCCGGAUAUCAGCCUGCAUUCGGGAAUCGCCCCAACUCGGGUGAACGUGGUCAUGGACGACGAAAGCAGCCCUUUCAUUACACGAAAGCGCACCGAGCUCAGAUCCCCUCCGGAUUUUAUGAGCGACCCUUUCCACCCCAGCUCACUCGAUCAAAUCGUCCGCUGGAUGGUCAGACCCGAGCCUGGCGAGCGACCCACCAUUCAACAAUUACUGACCACUACGGCGAUGUCGUGGGUCGCCGAACGUCGCAGAUCAGCUGCGACUGUCUUCGAAGGUGUCUGGGGACCUAGCGAGUCAAUCACCCUUCCCACCUUGGUGGACGAAGACACAGAAAUGAUGGACGUCUAG